AUGGAGAGCCUGAGCAGCAGCCUGAAGAAGAAAGCCACCGAGCAGCACUACAGGGCAGAGGUGAUGAUUGCUGGAGAGCAGCUGAGGCUUCGCCUCCACGAUGGGAAGCUCAUUAAGGACAGACGUUACCACCUCCGAACGUACCCGAACUGCUUCGUGGCGAAGGAGCUCACGGACUGGCUGAUCGACCACAAGGAAGCACCAGACAGAGAGACAGGCAUCCGCCUCAUGCAGAAACUGAUGGACAACUACAUCAUCCAUCACGUGUGUGAUGAGCACUCGGACUACAAGGAUGCCAAGCUGCUGUAUCGCUUCCGCAAGGAUGAUGGGACCUUCCCUCUCAGUAAGGAUGUGAAGGUGUUCAUGCGAGGGCAGAGUCUUUAUGAGAAGCUCAUGAGCGUGGAAGAUUCAAUUCUGAAGGUGAGAGAGGAGAACUCAGUGAAGUACCAGAGGACUUUCCUGGGCUGUGAGAUGAUUGACUGGCUUGUUCAGGAAGGAGAAGUGGAGAACCGACAGGAAGCAGUGGAGCUGGGACGGGCACUGCUGGAGCAUGGGAUCAUUCAGCAUGUCUCCAAUCGGCAUCACUUCUUUGACAGUGACAUCCUCUACCACUUCUGGAUCAACUUUCGGCGGAGGCGACGACUCACAGAGUUACUCAAUGAAAACUCUUCUCGUGCCCUCUCCGAAAGCCCUGAUAGCCCUUUCUGUCUUCGCAAGCUCAACCCAGAGCCAGGCAACACCAGCUUUCUCUCUGUCCAGACCAACAAGGAGAUCAAAAUUGUGUCAGCAGUUCGAAGGAGCAGCAUCACUUCCCUCUCUGGAAACUCCAACUCCUACUUCAGUGCUGCUCCUACGUUGGUAUUCCCUCCUGUGGCUGAGUGCAACCCAAAAUCAGUGUUAAAGAGACCUGUCACCAAUGAAGAGCUCCUGUCCCCUGGGGCCCCUUACGUCAAGAAAACACUGACUAUUGUGGGGGAUGCAGUGGGCUGGGGGUUUGUGGUCCGAGGAGGAAGACCUUGCCACAUCCAGGCAGUGGACCCAGGAGGACCUGCUGCUGCUGCAGGGAUGAAGGUGUGCCAGUUUGUUUUCUCAGUGAAUGGUGUGUAUGUUUUGCAUCUGGACUAUCAGACCAUCAGCAGCCUCAUCAUGACAGGACCACGGACUCUCGUGAUGGAAGUCAUGGAAGCCAUUGAAUGAGUGAAGGAGUCUUGUCCCACUGCCAUUUGGAAAGGCAGGACACUCCACUAAGCAAGGAUGGACUGUGGAGAGGG